AUGGCUGUAGAAAGGAAAUUGAAUCGUGCUGAACGUCUCGCAUCAUUGCUUACCUCAAGAAAUGCUCUCAUUCGUAAAGAAGCUGCUGAAGCGCUUUCUUCUUUCUCAUUAACCAAUCCACAAAUACCGAAACUAAUCAGACAUUAUUUACAAAGUGUUUUAUGGGAGACACGAACUGCCGCAUCAACAGCAUUAACUGCAAUAUUGAAAUCAGUGCCAGAAAAUUCAAAACAGAUCGAACCAUCAAGGAAUUUACUCGAAUCUCUCGAUCUUCGUGCAAUUGUUCGCGAUUAUCACCCUUUAUUGAGCUGCGAAUUAGAUUUGAUGACUCAAUUAGCUGAUUGCAAACUUCAUGAUCAACGAAAAAUUCUUGAUGAACAACUUGAUUUUCAAACACCAAUUGGUGUAUCAUCAGCAACUUUCGUGUCAGAAGAUGAUUUCAAGAAUACGAAUGAAGUGAAAUUUGAAAAAAAAUUUAAGUUGGUUCUGAAUGCGGAUACAGAUAAUAUCAUGAUUUGUGGUGACGAAUUAGAUAUGGCAGUUCAAAGUAUUUGUAAAGAAUAUUUGGAGGAUAUCGUGAAUAUGAAAUGGGAAAUACGUCAUGGUGCUGCGCUUGCAAUUAAUUCUAUUAUAUCUUUUGCAUUUAAUCGGCUUUCGGCUGAACUUAUUGAUUUAUUAACUACAAAGUUAUUUCAUGUUUUGGCUCUGGAUAAUUUUAUUGAUUUUUCGUCUGGAAGAUCUGCUGUGGGACCUGUUCGUGAAGCUGUUUCAUCUUGCCUAUCGUCAUUAAUUAUCGUUUUCAAUUCAUCUUCUCAAUUUGUCAAUCUUAUUGCUCGGAAUAUCUCAUUGUGGUUCCAACGGCAGGCUGGAUUAUUAAUUCUGAAGUACCAUUUUUCGGGUCCUUGUUAUUUUUGGAAAUUUGAUGAAUUUUAUGGUUUAAUAACGAAAUGCUUUGAUGAUACUCAUGACGAGAUUUGUUCCUCAGCGCUGUCCGCAAUAACAGCUGUUUUUUGUAAGGGAAAUCUGGUAAGAGAAGUUUCUGAAAGGCUGUCGAAAAUCGAAUAUAUUUUAUAUCAUUUUAUAGAAACCGCUUGCAACACGGAAAAACAGCAGUUAUUGGAUAUUGAUACCACAAUUGUCGAUUUGCUAUCACUUUUGCAAGUAUGGCUAUCAGGGAAUGAAUUACGAAUAUUACCGUAUUCGGUUUCUUCAAAUCUUUCUCACCUUAUAAAUCCAGUGCAUAUUACUCGGUCCAAUAAAAUCAUUACCGUCAUAGCAACAUCGUUUUCUAGACAACAGUCAGUUGACUAUAUUUUGAAGGAUAAUGGUGUGGAGUUCGAAGAAUGUGUUAUUAAAGUGCUUUCUUCAAUUUUUCGCUUAGUGUUGUUUGUCGCUGCUCAGGGCACUGAUGAUCUCAUUGAACUUUGUAUUAAUUGUGCUGCAAUUAUUACUCGGCAAUUUUUUGCAAUAGGACGCCUGCCAAAUGCACUUGUUGAAACAAUUGGACGAUGGUGUUCAUGUUUAUUAUUGGAUGCUAAAGAUGCUGAGAUCGAUCUUGUAAAAUAUAAUGUAAGCGUGGACAAAUCGAACAAUGGAGUUCAAUUGCUAUGUGGUUAUGAAAUUCUAACUCUCAAUGAUAUGGAUCGAAUAAAUGCUUUAAUAUUACGUAAACUGCAGAUCUCUCGUUUUUUUGCGCCAUUAAUAUCUACUAUAUAUAGCUUUCCUUCCAGGAUUGGUGAUCAAUCCUUUAAUCAAGCUAUUCAACUUCUUAUUCUUCCUAUGUUGAAAUCUCCGCUAAUUAUGCAUCGACUUGCUGGUUCCAUUAUCGUUUACAGCUGGUUUACUUUUAAUUGGCUUACCGGUUGGAACCACGAUCCUCCAUUUCUACUUAUUACUCAUAUACAACAAAUGGUAAUCAGUGGUCCUGCAACAUAUGUCGAUGAAAAAUUUUUUUUUCAUUAUUUGGAAAAUGCUUACAAAGAAUUUGUUCAAUAUUGUAGAAAGAAAGGAGUUGAACAACAUAGGAUAUUAGAAAUUGAAGAACAUGGAGAAAGUAUCGAUAGCAAUGCGAGUAAACUAUUUGAUAUUUCUUCGGCUAUAAUCAAAGAAGAGCACGAUCGAAUUGUUUUAAAUUCACGAUAUGAAGGUUUUAAGGAUGCUUUAGCUAGAGCUAAUGCGAUUAUGACCGCAAAUAUCACGCGUAUAAAUGCUCUGCUCGUUUCUUCUUUGCUAAUUGUUUAUCCGAGAGUAGUUUUGGAAACUCCGACAUUGAAUCCAUUUAUUAAACCACUAAUGGAACUGUUGAAGUUUGAAGAAAGUAGUUAUAUAGCUAAUUAUAUACUCAAUUCUAUGUCUAUACUUUUUCGAAUGACUUCAGAGCGAUGUCCAAGUCCUCACAUAAAAAUGAUUAAGCAAAUAGUAAUCAGUUUAACUUCUUGCCUCAAUCGACAAGCAGGAUGGUAUAUAUUCGCAUUAAAUUUUGCUUAUUUUAGUCAAUUAGGCUUUGAGAAAUUUUUUAAGGAGGAUUCUUUAUUAUUGUCUUCAAAGUCAAUCAGAUCAAGUUCAGCAAGGUCUCAAAAUGCAGAAUUCGUUCUUCGUACUCUCAUUGCUCAGUCCACUAUUUCUAAUUUUGAUUUUUUACUUGAUUUUAAGAAUCGCGAAAGUCCUAUGGAUGUAACGAUGUAUAUGUAUGCAUAUAGUAUAUAUCUGGAUGAAAUUCGAAAAAAUCGUUUGUCUUUACCGUCUGAUCUCGACAAUUUGCUGAUAUUCUUAUUCAGAUACUUUAUCUAUAAUUUUUUUGCAGCUAAUGAUAUAUUAGUAAGGUUUUCUGCGAUUCUCUGCUUAAAAGAGAUGGCACGACUCGAUGGUAAACUCAGAAAAGUGCUCGAAUUGAUUAUCUUACCUUUACAAGAUUCAUUACGUAAAGGAGAAUUAUCGGAAUUUGCCCGCGCUGGUCUUAUUGAAUUAGUUUAUUUUCUCAGCGAACUUAAUGUAGAGAUUUUAGGUGCAUUACGCAUUUUAGCGCCUCUUUCUUUGCGACUUAUGGCUGAUAAGAAUGAAGAAAUUCGAGAAAUUUCAGCGAACGCUUUUCGCAAUUUGGUUCCUUUAAUGGCACUAAAAUUAGUUCGAUCUUUUAAAUUUUUUCUAUUUUUCAUCACGAGCUAUUUGAAUUUUUAUAUUCAUAUUCUAUCCAAAUUAUAUGAGAUUUUGGAGAUUCGUAAUGAUUCUAAAAUUAAUUUGUCCUCAAACGAUGUUGCGGAUGAAGGGUUGUGCGAUUGCUCCAUUGAUUUAUUACUAGGUGAUCCAUCUCAACUUCCAUCGACUGCAAUUGAAAAAAUUCCUGGUUUGAAGGCCGAUGUUGUCCUUCGCCAUUACCAGCAAGAAGGAAUUUGUUGGAUGUCAUUUUUAGAAGAAAUGGGUCUUAAUGGAAUACUUGCUGAUGAUAUGGGCUUGGGAAAAACUCUUCAAACUUUAUGUUUACUUGCUGUCAAAUUGCAAAAUAAUCCUUCGACUAAGGUUUUGAUCGUUUGUCCUCCGACACUUGUUAACCAUUGGUGCUACGAGUGGUCUGUAUACUUUCCUACAUUAACACCGCUUUAUAAGGUUGAUGAAGGAAUGAAAGAACGGCAAGAAUUAAUUAUGAAAGAUGGUUAUCAAAUUACAGUCGCUUCUUACAAUACAAUACGCUUUUAUGCGUAUUUUCAGUUAGAAUUUUUUCAGUUAUAUAUAAAUGCUUUUUUAAUAUUUUUUCAUAUUUCAUUUUUUAAUAUUUUUUCAGAAUUUGUUUUGCGUUAUUUUAGAGAGAUAGAAUGGUAUUAUGUUAUUCUGGAUGAGGGCCAUGUUAUCCGAAAUCCCGCAACUCAACUUUUUAAAGCUAUAACUUCUCUUCACUGUCGAAAUCGUCUUAUCCUCUCUGGUACUCCAGUGCAAAAUACACCUGCUGAUUUGUGGGCUUUGUUCCAAUUUAUAAUGCCUGGUUAUCUCGGAUCUUUGAAACAAUUUAGGAUAUCUUUUCUCAAUUCGAUUAAUGCAUGUAGAAGUGCAAACGCAUCAGAUAAAGAAAUACAGGAUGGUCAAGAAGCUUUAGAACGACUGCAUAAAGCAGUCCUGCCAUUCGUUAUGCGUCGAUUAAAGAUGGACGUUCUCGACGAUUUACCUGAGAAGAUUGUUCAAGACUAUACAUGUUCAAUGACAGAUAUUCAAAAAGAAUAUUAUGAGCAUAUUGUUAGUCUGUGUUAUAUGGGCAAAGAUACUGGUUAUCGUGAAGGAUUAACUGCUUUAGAAACGAUUUCAGAAUUGCGUAAAUGUAUAGUGCAUCCAGCUUUAGUCAGUCCGAAGGCAUUAAAGAGUGAUUGUGGAGUACUACUUAAAAUUGUUGAAGAGUCUGGCAAAUUAAUCGCAUUACGAGAGCUCCUUCGAGAAUGUGGCAUUGGUUGUCAAGAAAAUGAUGAAGAUAACGAUGAACUAUCUGCAGAUAUUAAUAUGAAUAUUCGUAAUCGCCGCGCUCUUAUUUUUUGUCAGCGGCUCUCAACUGUUCGUCUUAUUUGCGAAUUCUUCAAUUCUGAUCAACUGGGCAUGAAUAUAAAGUAUGAUGUACUCGAUGGCAGUGUUCCUAUAAAUCAUCGUCAUUUUGUUGCUGAAAAUUUUAAUCGGGAUUCAAGUAUUGAAGUUUUGGUGCUUUCUACUAUUGGUGGUGAAGGUCUAAAUUUGGUUGGAGCUGAUGUGGUGAUAUUCGUGGAACAUGACUGGAAUCCUGUGAAAGAUUUGCAAGCUAUGGAUCGAGUGCAUCGCCUAGGUCAGAAGCGUACGGUCAAUAUAUAUCGUUUGAUUACUGAGGCAUCUAUCGAACAAAAAAUAAUGCGUUACCAGAAGUUUAAAACAGAUACGGCAAAUGCAUUAGUCGGUGCUGAUAAUCGCUCGUUAAAAACUAUGGCAACUGAACAAUUAGUGGAACUAUUUGCCGUAGAACCUUCUAAAAUGCAUAAUUCGACCAAAUCAAUUUCUUCAUCAUCUUCACAGAAGCCUUCAAAAAAGAAAAAUCGAAGGAAUGCACAAAGUGAUAUGGACCAAAAGUUUGACUUAGAAGAACUCUGGGACCAAUCACAGUAUGAUUGCUUUGAUGUUAUAAAUCUAGCUACAAGCUCAACAAAUUAUCCGCAGGCAGCACCUUCAUUUAUUUCAUCAGAUGAGCCGUUAAAUAAGAAGCCGCGUGACGUGUGA